GGUCCUGCCCGCCUGCAAUCUGACCUUCUGCCGCCAAGCGGGGUGGCGCACGGGGGCUGCUUCGCCUUCUCCUUCUCCCCGUCGCGAAAGUGUCGCGAACGGUGGGCCGUGCCAGGGAAGAUGGCUGCGGAGCUGCACCGGCGGACCGGCAAGCUGAUCAGCCUCACGAACUCGAACCGAACCGCGCAACGCAGCCAGCCGGUCCAGGAGUUCAACCACGGGCUGGUGCUGAGCCGGGAGCCGCUGCGGGACGGGGGCGUGUUCACCGUGCGCAUCGACAGCAAGGUGAACUCGUGGAGCGGUUCCAUUGAGAUCGGAGUGACUGCUUUGGACCCGGCCUCGCUGGACUUCCCCAGCAGCGCCACGGGCCUCAAGGGGGGGUCGUGGGUGGUGUCGGGCUGCUCGGUCCUGCGGGACGGGCGCUCCAUCCUGGAGGAGUAUGGGAGAGACCUGGACCAGCUGGGGGAGGGGGACCGCGUGGGGAUCCAGCGGACGGCGCAGGGGGAGCUGCAUCUGUGGGUGAACAGCCAGGACUGCGGCGUGGCGGCUUUUGGACUGCCCCCCCGGGUGUGGGCAGUGGUGGAUCUGUACGGGAAGUGCACCCAGAUCACCGUGGAGUCUUGUGAGCCCCCCUUGGAGCAAGGGGAGGAGGAGGAGGAGCAGAGGGAGGCAUUACCAGCGCCCACAGUGGAAGAGGAUGUACCAGUGUUGCUUUGGAGCCAAAGCUGUCCAGACAAACUCCCAAACAGCCUGGACACAGAGAAUGGUUUCACACAGCAGGAGCUGUCCAGUGUCGUGAACGACGCGAUCCUGUCCGCGAGCGGCGGUGGCGGUGGGGGAGGUAGCGAAAGCCGGGGAGCCCUGCUGGAGAUUCCCGGGGGAGGGGGAGAGGGCGGGGUCACCACGAACGACGCCCUGCUGUUCCACGAGAAGUGUGGCACCCUCAUCAAGCUGGGCAAUAACAACAAGACGGCAGAGCGGCGGCGCCCCCUCGACGAGUUCAACAACGGGGUGGUGAUGACCAACCGGCCGCUGCGGGACAACGAGACGUUCGAGAUCCGCAUUGACAAGCUGGUUGACAAAUGGUCAGGUUCGAUAGAGAUAGGAGUGACAACUCACAACCCUAAUAACCUGGACUACCCCGCCACCAUGACCAACCUCAGAUCAGGCACCAUUAUGAUGAGUGGGUGUGGCAUUCUCACCAACGGGAAGGGGACGCGCCGGGAAUACUGCGAGUUCAGUCUGGAUGAGCUGCAGGAAGGGGAUCACAUUGGGCUGAUGAGGAAAGUGGGCGGAGCGCUGCAUUUCUGUAUCAACGGCAUCGACCAGGGUAUAGCUGCCGCUCAGACCCCCCCCACGGUGUACGCCGUGGUCGACCUCUACGGCAUGGCGGUCAAGGUGACCAUCGUCCACAACCACAACCACAGCGACCGGCUGAGGAGAAACAACGCCAUCAUGCGGGCGCUGUCCCCCGACGCGGGGCGGGGCCGCGGGGCGCUGCAGCUGGGGGCCGACCCCGACGGCGACCGGCACCUCUUCCACCUCAACUGCGGCCAGAAAGCGUCCAUCGUCAACGAGGGCAGGACCGCGCUGCGGCCGCA